CAUGCCAGUCUGUUGAGCAGUUCAGGCGCGGACGUGUCCGCGAGAUGAGCCGCACUUGAUCGAAAAGCCAACAAAAUGCGGACCGUCAGACUCACGUUUGUGGCCUUGCUAGCGGCCGCCGCCGCCGCCUCGGCCGCCCCUUCGGCCGCCCCCGAGGAGGCGGCCGCCCUCACGGUGGUGGAGCCGACGCGGCAGCCCCUGCCAGACACCUCUGCAAUCUCGGGCGAGCUCACUGAGAAACACGGGGUUAGCAAGUUCUUCUCUUUGUGGCUAGUGUUUAACGAUCCCGCCGAGAUCGACGUCAAACUUGGCGUCGACUACGUGAUCCUUGCACCUAAAGAGCCUGCGCCUCUGCAAAAAGACACUGAUCCGCAAGACAGACCGGCUAUUGUAAAAAAAUUGCUACUGGACCAUGUGAUAUUGGGCCAAAAGCUGAAUCUCACCAAUCGGGAGGACAAAAGCUCGUUUACGGUCGCAACAUUGGGAGGAAGAGACGUGGAGUUUUCUUAUAAAGACAACAAUUGGUACGCGAAUGACGCUCUGAUUGUUGAGUCGCCAGCAGACAUUCCACCAAAUGGAGAACUCGUAGUUUUAAACAAGUACGCGUUCGCCGACUACAAUCCAUUAUCCUCCAUUAGUACCUCAGAAGCGCCAUCAACAAGCACAACAGCAGCUCCGUUUAUUGGAGACUUCGCCGAGGAGCUCAUUAAUACAGAUAAAUUCUCCGGUUUGAACAGGAUGCCUCUUUUCACGCAGUUCCUCCGCUACGCAAAUGUCUCUGAACUCCUAAAACCAGAUGAGAAAUACACCGUGCUGAUCCCCAUGGACAGAGCUUUCCAAAAGUGGCACCCUAUCGAUUGGGGCUUCUACCCCUUUGAUGUACCUGAAUUUACGAAAGAAGUUGUAAGAAACCACUUUAUCCGAGGUACCAUUAGGCCAGAACAAAUAACAGAGGAGGGUUUCCAAACCACCUCACUGACAAACAAAACUUUGAUAUUCAAGAAAACUGCUAAGGGCGUACCUACUGUGAAUGACAUCUCCAUGGGAUCAACGGGAGUGACAAUGCAGAAGGGCACAGCGUUUGUCAUUUACGAUGUGCUCUUUGUGGACUACCAAGUCGUCCAAGACCUUCGGUUGAAAAACCUGGACAAAGAGACGCCACCUUUGAUCGCUUUCCCUUGGUGGAAUGCGCAGUUUUUGUCUCACUCGUAUCUGAAACUUGAAAGAAACGGAUCUUUCCCUUCUGCCGAGAGAUUAUUAAAUGUAGCGACAGAUUUGCACCUCCACGUUCCUGGAAAAGACUACUCCUUCUUUGUUCCUACGGAGAACGCUUUUAAAAAAGCAGGACUUGCCAUUCCAUCAGGCUGGAGUGAACGGCACAAAACCCAGGAAACUUUCACUGCAGAAAAUAUGAAAAUUAUUGAAAAAUUCUUCUUGCGGCAUCUUGUCAAGGGCAGACUCUACAUGAAAGAGUUAAUUCCUGACUUCAAAGUCCAGACCCUGGACAAUUCAACUUUGACGUUUAAGCAAAAGGAUGACAAGCAAUUUGUGAGCCUUGGCGAAUUGGAGGCGCAAAUAGUGGAAGGGAAUUAUUUUGUUUACAACCUCGGCACAAUAUUUUUCGUAGACACAAUUCUCACCGACGACCUCGACGAGCUCAAAACGCUUAUUAAAGAGGCGGUAGUGGUCACCGAGCCUGCUAAAGAAGUUGAGGAUGUUACCGAAAUCCUCAGCCCAGUGUUUGUAGAAGAAGUUAGCACUGAUGUUCUUUCAAAUUCAAAGGACAUUUUGGUAGAUGAGGUCAGCGGUGAUCUGACAACAGUUGCUGUGACUGAGGAGGCCAACACUGAGAGUAAUGCCAUUCCAGCGUUGCCCGCAACACCUUAAACUUAUUUUUAUAGAAUGCAUCGUGUUUCAAACAUUUAAUAAUAAUAAAAGUUGCUCUCUGUAACUUAUUUUUGUGCCUGUAAAAAGUAAAUUAAAAUUAUUUUUGCCUCAUUUAUCAUUUCAGUUAUAGUAUUUGAAUCUGUAUUUUUAUGCCAAAAAUGGAAGGAAAAUUGCCAAUAAAGAAGAUCAUUUAUAAAUGACCGAAA